CGCCCUCCGCGCCGCCCGAGCCCCGGCCCGCUUCUGCCCGCCGCCGCCGCCGCCGCCCCGGCCCCGCGGCUCCGUCCUCGGCCCGGCACCGCUCCCCGGCGGGCCGCCGCCUGCAUGUCGUUGCUGCCCGCCGCCGCCGCCCCGCCGCCCUGCCGCCGCCGGCCCCGCCGCCUCGCCGCGCCGGAUGCAGACUAACAGGGAUGCCAAAGGAAAAAUAUGAUCCUCCAGAUCCUCGCAGAAUUUACACCAUCAUGUCAGCAGAAGAGGUAGCCAAUGGGAAGAAGUCGCAUUGGGCUGAAUUAGAGAUCUCGGGUAGAGUGCGGAGCUUAAGUACAUCACUUUGGUCGCUGACACACUUGACCACUCUGCACCUCAAUGACAAUAAUCUUACUCGCAUUCCACCUGAUAUUGCCAAGCUUCAUAAUCUGGUUUACCUGGAUCUAUCAUCCAACAAACUCAGAAGUUUACCAGCAGAACUAGGAAACAUGGUAUCUCUCAGGGAAUUGCUUUUAAAUAACAAUCUGUUACGGGUUUUGCCUUAUGAACUUGGACGGCUCUUCCAGCUACAAACCCUAGGUUUGAAAGGCAAUCCUUUAUCACAAGAUAUUCUCAGCCUCUACCAGGACCCAGAUGGAACUCGAAAGCUACUGAACUACAUGCUUGACAAUCUAGCAGUUCAUCCAGAGCAGCUGCCUCCAAGGCCAUGGAUUACUUUAAAAGAACGAGACCAAAUUCUGCCCUCAGCUUCAUUCACAGUUAUGUGUUACAACGUAUUGUGCGAUAAAUACGCCACCCGGCAGCUCUAUGGCUAUUGCCCAUCUUGGGCACUCAACUGGGAGUACAGAAAAAAAGGAAUCAUGGAAGAAAUUGUCAACUGUGAUGCAGAUAUCAUUAGUCUUCAGGAAGUGGAAACAGAGCAAUACUUCACCCUUUUUCUGCCAGCUUUGAAAGAACGAGGAUAUGAUGGAUUCUUUUCUCCCAAGUCCCGUGCCAAAAUCAUGUCUGAGCAGGAGAAAAAGCAUGUGGAUGGCUGUGCAAUAUUCUUCAAAACUGAAAAAUUUACGCUGGUGCAGAAGCACACGGUGGAGUUCAACCAGGUGGCCAUGGCUAACUCCGAAGGCUCAGAGGCCAUGUUAAACAGAGUGAUGACGAAGGACAACAUCGGAGUUGCUGUGGUGUUAGAGGUGCACAAAGAAUUAUUUGGAGCAAGUAUGAAAUCGCUUCAUGUGGACAAGCAGCUGCUUAUAGUGGCCAAUGCCCACAUGCACUGGGACCCCGAAUACUCAGAUGUGAAACUCAUUCAGACAAUGAUGUUUGUCUCAGAACUGAAAAAUAUCCUGGAGAAAGCCUCAAGCAGGCCUGGCAGCCCAACAGCAGAUCCUAACUCUAUCCCUCUGGUGCUGUGUGCGGAUCUCAACUCAUUGCCUGAUUCAGGUGUAGUGGAGUACUUAAGCAAUGGCAUAGUAGCUGACAACCACAAGGACUUCAAGGAGUUGCGUUAUAAUGAGUGUCUCAUGAACUUCAGUGGCAAUGGAAAAAACGGGGCUUCUGAAGGAAGAAUUACACAUGGCUUCCAGCUCAAGAGCGCCUACGAAAACAACUUGAUGCCUUACACCAAUUACACUUUUGAUUUCAAAGGUGUGAUUGACUACAUUUUCUAUUCCAACACUCACAUGAACGUGCUUGGUGUCCUGGGGCCUUUGGACCCUCAGUGGCUGGUUGACAACAACAUCACUGGGUGUCCACACCCUCACAUCCCUUCAGACCACUUCUCACUGUUAACACAACUCGAACUCCACCCUCCGCUCCUGCCUCUUGUCAACGGUGUGCACUUGCCUAACAGGAGGUAGUGGAGCCCUGCCCCUUUGAGGGCAAGGACCUGUUGUUAUGGACCUGUACAGUUGUAAAUCAAAGUAUAUAGGAGUGAAGUAUGGCCAACCUUAAGCUGCUUCUUCAAGCUCCUUUCCUUAUGUGUUUGAUAUGAGAUUUUGCACAUUUUGGUGCAUAUUGGUAUCAUUUGGCACUAGGGCUGGAACCAAAGUAUUAUUCCCUUUCCAGGUUUUUAAUUUAAUUUUUUUUCCCUGUUUUUAAACUGGCAAGCUUUUUCUUUUCAGUAGGAAGCUACACUUAGAAAUGGACAAACCAGAUUACAAACUUGCUUGUUAACAUAUUUCAAGAUAAUUCUUUUUUCCAGAACGUGGCAAAAUGAGCCAACCUUUUAAAGACAAAGAAAAAAAACCAAAAUAGCAAUGCUUGUUUUGUAGGAACUAUAUUAGAAAUACUGUUUCAUUUGAACCCAAAACAGAGACUGAACUCUGCAUCUGAAAUAAAUUUUGCACGUUAGCGAAGCACUUAGUACCUGACUAUAAAUCAUUAGCAGUGUAGCCCUGCCCCUCAUCUAACUAACAUUAGAAAACCAAAGAUGGCUUAAUAUCUGCAAUACAGUUUGAGGUCUAAAUUCUCCUGACAUACCAUCAUUUACAACAAUUUUUCCAGCAAAGCUACAUCUCCCGAGACUGUGCAGGUCAGCACUUAAUGCCACGUGUAGAUCGCUUGCUUGGCAGAUGCAAGUUGUGAAGAGCUCUGUCCUUUCUGUGCAAGAUAGGCAAGAAGGACCUCUGUGCCACAGAGCUGCCUCUGCCUCAGCAAGCGAGGCGACACGCCGUGCAGCGGCGCAGCUUGGGAGCAGGGCUUAGGCACGGUGAGAAACUGCACUUGAGGUGAACAGUCGUGAGCGUUUGGGUUCUGGGGAAAAACAGAACUUGCAAAUCUGUCCCUAGGUUCCCUAUUUAUUCUAAAGCUUGGGAUUAACUGCCUAAGUUCAAGGUACAGGAAAAAGCUGUUGGACGUGACCUUUCCCCUGCCUCUGAAGAGUGCACGGAGCAGCUCUCGAGCUGCUUUUUUGCACCAAGGAGCGAGCGGUAGCCGCAGCCAUUCCUUGAAUUACUUUUCCUGACCCUAGUUGCCAAAUAAGCCGUCACACUUGUUUUAAUAAUCUUUGUCUUCUGUUGUCGUUCAGGGUUGAAUUCCAAAGCUGCUGGUUCAUUCCCAACUGUUAAUGUUCUUUGGAUGUGUUGGAAAUCGGGGGUUUUUUUUCCUGUUUAUGCUUUAGGUGGCCAGUUCAAAACCUUGUGCCUGGAGAGGCGUUAAACAUGACGCAAUUUUCUGAAAAAUUGGUUGGCUGCUUAAUGUUUAAAAAAAACCAAACGACCCAAAAAAAUGGCACAGAGAUAGGAAAAGGUUGUGUCUGUGUUUUUAAGUUUUUCUUUAUUCUGCUUUUUUGCUGCUAUAAGAUUUUCUUGAAUUUCUAUUUUAAACUUUUCAUGCACUUUACUGUUUCUAGUCUCAAAAAUGUGAUAUUUUUAAUAAAAGAAAAAGUUUUCCAUGAUGUGAAUGACAUUUUUAAACAGAUUGCUAGCCUAUAUUUAUGUCUCAUUCAUAUACUUAAAAAAAAAGUCAAAUUUAAAUUGUGAGAUUAGUUUUAAAUACCAAGGACCCACCUUCUGUCUUGCAAAACUGCUAAGUCGGGCCAUUCCUCUGUUCCUUAAUUCAGCAUUUCCUUUGUUGUUUUAUACAUAGGAAAUUAUCCAUAAGGGGAGAAAAAAAAAAAAAUUGAUUGGACCUAGAGUAGAAACUGUUCCCUGGCUCUGGUUGGGGGACAGGGAAGGGAGGGGUGGGACACAACUCAAAAAAUCAGUUCAAGGAAAUUACAACUCCCUUUUAAAAGAAGUGCCUAAAAAAAAGGAUAAUUUAAAAAUUGGGGCAUCAUCUACUGUCUGCUAGAAAUUGGAAGCUGGAAUACCUGAACAGCAAUUGCUUUGUGCAGCACCAAAAAAAAAAAAAACCCAAAAAAGCAGCCCUUUCUAAAGAUGGAUUUUCCUCUAGGUGCAGGUAUCCCUUUUUUAAUAUACCUCAGCGUUUGCCACCUAGCCCUUGCACAAGCAAUUUGAAAGUAUAGUACUGGAAAGUAGAAUAGCAUGAAAAACUUAAUUCUCUGGACAUUACCUUUCUGUCAUGAGCUACUGUAUCUUUUUUGUUUAAUGGAGGAAGGGGUGCUCUGCCCUGGAGCUGUGCACUAACCAACCCUUCUCCUCCUCUUCCUCCACACGUGUUAGCUAGCAACGUGAGCAGUAUUUCCUACCAUACUUCACUCCCAAUAUUUUUUGAGAUGUUUGUAUAAAAUGGAAUUUAAAAUUUGCCUGUGAUUGUACAUGAACUGCAGAGGAGCCUGUUUAUUAAUAAAAACACAAACAGACGACAAUGUUUUGUAAUAUCGGGGUGGGCGAGGAUGGGGAUGAAAACAAACAAAGCCCUGACAGACGUUGUAACCUGCUUACGUUUGACUUUCCUUUGGUUUCUAAGCAGUUGAAGUGUUCUGUUGCAGGAAGGUGGUUCAUUGGAUUUUCUCUGCUGCGAAAUGCACUUCUGACCUUCCAUUGCUCUGGGCCAUGUGUUCUUUAAAACAAAAAGUCAUUUAACAGACAUUGCACAAAACUUCUGGUUUUUUUGUGUUUUUUUAAACAAGAGUCUUACGUUUUGGUGGAUGCACAUAACUGGGGACAUGUUUACCUGCCUUCCAUCCGUCUGGCUCCAUCCCCGUUUUCCUUCUGGGUUUUAGGGUUUUUUUGACUUUCUCAGCAGGAGCAGUAAAGGGGACUGUGCUUUUUUGCAGAUGAGCAGAAACACUUUCUGGAGAGAUUUUUCUGCUCUGGAAAGAAAGGGAGCAGGGAGCAGGCAGCUGCCAGCCUCGUGUGCAGGACAAGAUCCCUCUUGGCAAACAUGCACUGUCCAGAUGGCAACUCAUUUUCAUUUAACCCAGAUGGAAGCUGGCAGUAGGGUGUUUCUAGGGGAGAGGGAAUAAUAGGAAGCAAAAUAUCCCUAACCCUAAGCAGACAUGGAUGAGAAUCCAUCAGUUCUCUCCAUCACUGACCCUCGGCUCCUGGCUUGUUGCACAGACAAUGCCUUGGGGAAAGAAAGAAAAAGCUCUAAGCCCUUUACUGCUUCUCACUGUCUUGGUUCGCUUUCAAAACUGGUGCCUGAUGUCAACUUCUAAGCAACAGCACUGCCUAAAGCAAGCAGAGAAAAAAAAUCCAACACCUUCCUACAAGCAACUUUUUAAAAUUCAGUAUGGUGAAUCUGUUAGAUACGGGGUUUUGCGUGUGUGUGUGUGUGUAUAUAUAUAUAAAAAAAGAGAAUUUUGUACAAUGUAGCUGAAUAUUUUUGUUUCCUUAUUUCCACAUAAGGAGUGUGAAGGUUUGGUUACCACACACUGAAGUCAGGUAUGGCACAACGGGGCCUGAGACCAGCUUUCCUUCCCAUUUGCCUUCCUUAAAAGCUUUUGUCAUCCCUUUCUAGCACUUGUUGAGAAGAUACUUCAUUUUGUCAGUAAGCUGUUGGAAGCCACCCCCGGUUAGUCUGCAGAAACAUCCAGGAAGGGUCUCGGCAUUCCCAAGUCCUCGCUGUUCUGUGUCUUAUAAACUAGAAAGCCAAAACCUUUGACCCAUAAACCUUUUCAGCAGCACUUGCAGUGACCUAACGCAGCUUUCGGAAACGUACCGUGAUUUUCAGCGUUUGGGUAACGCUGCCUAUGGCUGACAGUCUCCCACCUAAAUCCUCCUUUAUACUCUUGAGUCCCCAAGGCCCACUUUUCAAAGGUGCUGAGCAUCUGCAGCUCCAUCUUAAUCCCCAGGAUCGAGUUUUUGGAAACUGGCUUUCCACAGCUGACUUGUGAGACAUGAGGUACAAAAAGUGAGCAAGAAUGUGAGACCUGUAAGGUUGAUACCCCUUUUUUCCUCUAGGGUUGGUCUUGGGCAGGCAGCAAGAGGGAAGCAGGAAAGUGAAAUCGUUGAAAUCCAGAGUUUAUCUGUUAAUUUAGGAGAUUGGUUGAGGAAACACUUAGAUUCCAGACCAGGAAUACAAUUUUCAUGACUGCUUGGUAGGGAGCAAGAACUAGAAGGGAUCUGCCACUCCUUACUUAAGACCAGUUUUAAACCCAGCAGCACAACAGCAGUUACGUCCUUUCCACAAUGCCCUCACAAGUUUUAACAUCAAAACCUUCCUUUGGCAUGAAAUUCGGCAUUGCAGAGUGGAACUAAACUCCCAUCCAAACCAAGUCACCAGUUUGCAUUAGAAACACCACACAAAUGCAAUAACCACUCUCAUACUGCUUUAAAAGGGAAUUUACUCACAAGUAGCCGUUGUCCUCUCCGCAGCAACCUCAGCUUUGUAUGCAGUUAUGAUUCCUCUGUUACUGGCUUCUGUAUAAUUCUUCUUGUAAUGGUAACGAAGAUGUAAGGCCUGUUUUGAACCAAAGGAAGGAUCUUCACCCUCUUGUAUGGGCAGAUGACUGAUGUAAGCACAUCCCUGCCUGGCACACAGCAGGAGGAUUCUGUGUCCUGCUUGGUUACCACACAAGUGUGGUGUCCAUCUGGGUGUUCUUCACAACCAAAACUGCCUGGUGGGAAGCCAAACAGCAUACAAGACUUGAAGUUCAUAUUGGCUGCAGAAGCUGUGUGGUUUCAGCACUGAGCACACCUGUUGAAAAGCCCCUCCUACCUCAUUUGGUGUGUCCUAGAAGGAGAUGAAGUGCUGAGUCUUGGAGGGGUUUUUACCCAGGGGAACAGGGGACUCCAUGUGUCAACGAUCAGAAGAGAAAUGAGCCCCAGAUGCAGAGAAGUUCAGGUUUUUCUGAUAGAGGCUACUAUUAGCUGAGUCUCCCCAUCUCUUAGUGAGGAAAAGCAUCUGGUGACCUGCAGGUGCUUCUGAGAUGACAGAAGUACAGUCAUAUGCCCUCCUGUUCCUACCCUUCAGUGUUCAAAGGCAGCACAAAUCCCAAGAGAACCUAGUGGAAACCAUUCACCUCUUAAAUGUCUAUGCCAAGCGUCAGCCAAGAACUCCCUUUUAAUAUUCAAAACAAUUUUAGAAGGAGAUUAUAAGACUCUAGAUCCAGACACAGCUCUAAGGGAUACAGUAUCUUCCUCUGUGACCAGUCUUUGCACUGGCAUCAACCACGAAUUUGCCUUUCUUCCAGGAAAUGUGAGCAGGGACAAAAACCAGAGCAGGUGAGUGUUGUGGUUUUGCCCAGCCAGCAAUGAAGCUCCACGACAGUCUCGCUCAGUGCCCUCCAUUCAGCCCCAUCCUCAUUAGGAUGGUGGAGGCCCCAGCAAAAUGGGAGUAAAAAGAUAAGCAAGGAUAUUGUGUGUUGAGACAAGAGCAGAGAGGGCUCGCUGCCAAUUACUGUUCAGGCAAAACAGACUCCAGUACUCAACUUAGAGAGGAAAGUAAGGAAAGCUUAUUCUACUACCUACAAGAAACAGCAAAAAGCAAAAAGAGAGUAGGAUGACUGAGAAAAUUACAACCUUUAAGAUCUCCCUCCUCCAUCCCUCCUUUCUUACCGGGCCCAGCUCACCACUCCUGAUAUCUCUACCUCCUCCCCUCUCAACGGCUCAUGGGGGCAGGGAAUGGGAGAUAUGGUCAGUCUCUCACAGAUAGGCUCUGCUGCUUCUGUCUUCUCAGAUGAGAACAACUCCUGUCAUUCUUCCCCUGCUCCAAUACAGACUCCCUCCCCUGGGACACAAUCCUUAACCAACUUCUCUGGUGUGGGCUCAUCCCCACAGUUGCAGCUUCUGCAGAUACAGGGUCCCUCCCACAGGACAUGGCCUCCUCUGGGCAUAGUCACUGCCCCUGAUGAAUGCAAACAAAUCACUGCUUCACCAGUCCUCUUCACAAGAUGCAAGGGAAGUGUCUGCUCUAGCACACCUCCUCUCUUCCCUCACUGACCUUGAGGUCCACAUGGUUGCUUCUCUCCCAACUCUUUGCACCACCACCAGCCAGAAAAAGAAAGAAGGAGAGAACCAGAAGGAACAGGAAGAACCCUCUUCUUCCAGCUGCUGCUUAUUAAAAGGGAUUGUGGAGGCACCCAAUUAGCUCAGCCCCAGCAGUGGGUCUGGCUCAGAGCUGGGGAGAGUUUUGAGCAACUUCUUACAGCAGCCAUCUUUACAGCCCCUUCCCCCUUACCAGAAAUGGCUUCAUGUCAAACCAUGACAGUGAGGCAGGCACAGGCAUUCCGCUCUCUGAACAGGGACAAAAUUAACACCUUUAGAGAACUCCUUCAUCCUAAGAAAAAUAUGACUCUGCAAAAAGUCUUAAGAGAUGAUAAAGUUUGCUGGUUUGGCUGCAUUUGAGGGUGACGGAUUUCAAGUGUACAGUUCCUUAAGAGUCCAUCUGAAAGUAAGCAUGAAGGUAGGGAAAUGCUGGGGUACUUUGGUACUUCAGGGUGUCUAAUCAGUGCUGGUAAAGCAAGCCAAGCACUACAGCUUUCUCUUUUUUUCCUGCCCCCACUGCAAUCAUAUGGCAUGUUUAGGUUGCAAAGCCUCACCCUUGGAGCAGUGAAGGUCAGAGCAAGGUGGUACUUGGUCUUGUCCUCUGUGUCAAAUGGUUCCUACACUUUAGGCAUUUAUUUUUGUCUGUAUUGUUCUUUGUUCCAAAGCAAAAAAAAAAAACCCCAACCCAACCAAAAGCCUCCAACCCUCAGGGUGGCUUUUCUUUGCAAGUGACAUGUUACAUGACUUUGUUUUCCAUUUCUGAUUAUCACAUGGUGUGUUUGUUUUCCAGGCUAUUAAAAGCGUUUGUGUGCAUCACGUCAGCUAAAUAUGCCCUUAAUUCAUCAACUCACAGGCUGGGGGAGCGGUGAUGGGAGCCCCCUCCCACCCCAUUCCCACGGUGGUUUAUUUUGGGGUAUCAGGGUUUUUUUUAAGCUGGAUUUCUUUCUUGUGUGUUGCCUUUGCAACUGCAAAGUCCUGGCGCCUCAAAGAUGGAGGUGCAUGUGGAGAUGGGAGGAAGCUGCAGUGUCACUCUUGGGCAUGCUUAGGCUGACAAUUUGAGGGGUGUUUGGAUCUUGCUUUAUGGAAAUGGCAACUCUGCUUUGUAUCGAAAGCGUGCUGGGUGCUUGGAUGGACGCAUCCUGCAGCUUGCGGAAGCUGGAGCCGCUGCUGGCCCCUUGGCCCUGAAUUUGCCUCACCUGCCUUCUCCACCAGCCCCAACACCAGGACAGGGCAGGCUCCACAGGCACAACGCUUUGCCACCAGCCCUCUGCACCACACUUAGAAGAGCAGUGGCCUUCAGCUGAGACCUGAGCAGCAAAACCUGAGCAGCUUCUGUCCCACGUUUCCCAAGAGAAUAAACACGCCACCUUCUCUCCAGCUCUCUCCGGUGCUUUUUCAAGAGGAUCCUUUGAAAGCACUCCCUGAAAAAACUUGUGUUUUGGAGAAAGGGCCAUGCCACAGUGCAAUUCCCCUGGCAAUAACUCACCAAGAAAGCAAGUUCUCAUUGAGCAGGGACCCAGGCACGGGGAAGACCUGCUCCCUGGCACAGACUGGGGCCAGACAAAACAACAACGCUGGCUGAGCUCAGCAGCCCUGCCUUGCUGUAACCUUAGGGCAGCUCAGCAGAGGGAGGUCCUCAAAAACCUGAAUUGUUGCUUUUUUUCUUCCCUUUUAAUUUUUUUUAAGCAGAAUCCCCUCCCCACACAUACUCUGCACCAUGGAGAUGGGGUGCUGCUCACACAUGAUGGACAGAGCUAAAUAUCUGCUUGUUCUUUCCUACUUCUGUACUCUUAUUUCCUUCUGUAGGCAAUAAACAGCCCUUUUGCAACCA